AUGUCCAAUGUUCAGUCCUUUGUGAAUUCUUCUAGUGAGCAUAUGGAAGGAGUUACGUUUCAACCAGUCCCUGGAGGCAGCAAUAUUUUAACUCCCGAAUGUCUGACUCUGUUAACUGAUCUUCAUAGAAACUUCAAUGCAAGACGAAAGCUUUUGUUGCAGGAUUUCAUGUCCCUUCAUCAAGAAAGAUAUCGUGGAGUUUUGCCAACAUUCUCGGAGGAAUCAUUGAUUCUUCGACAAGAUGAUUGGAAAAAUGAAAAAGCAACCGACUUGGAAAAUCUAUUAGAAUCUUCACCGGCGAACGGUAGUUUGGAGGGAAACGUUGUGAGCAUGAAUAACAUUGUCUUACCGGUUUGGGAGAACUCUCUCAAAAUUCAAGCCUUGCUUCAUCAAAAGAUAAAAGAAGGACGGGAUAUGAUUAUUGAGCCAAGAGGACUGAAUUAUAAUGAAAAAUCUUUGAUGAUUGACGGAGAGCCUGUGAGCGGAGCACUUCUGGAUUUUGCAAUUUUCUACUUCAAAAGUUUCCCACUCGUUGAUAAAGUAACGUUCUAUAUUUCAUCUUUAUCCAGCCGCAAUGAAGCAAGCUUCUGGAGAGAUGUCUUUGAAUUCACUCAGCACUAUUACAAAACCGAAAUCAACACUAUUCUAUGUAUAGACAGCCUGGAUUCUCUGUUUCAAAUCGAAGAGAUUCUCCAACAAUUGAAACUAUUUGUGGUCGGUCUUCAUCACAACAGAUACAAAUAUAUGAACAGUUUCAUUUCCACAACAGGUGAAGUGUUAGCCCAAGAGUCUCAAUUAACAUAUAACACUCCAUUAUUAUUCUACUACAUUUCCAUGUUGAAAAACGUCAGUCAGCGUCGUCAAAUAAAACUUUUCAAUGAUCCGUUGCUAAAUCUCAAAACUCCAAAUUACAUCAGUGAGGAUGAUCUGUUGAACGGUGAAAUUCUGGGCGGUAGUAUAACGGAGAGUGCACUAAGGUCAACCAUUCAACUAUGCAUGGAAGAACUAAAUUUAUGGUGGAACAAAGUUCCACUAGAUCUCUCCAGAGUUGAAUUCUUAAGAGCUCUGCUGAAUCAGUGGAUUAACAAAAAGGCAUACUUCAAUAACGGGGUUCAAUUAUCCUCGGGGGAUACACAAAAACUCGUUCGCCAAUACAGUACUGGACAAUAUGAUGUUGACAACAUGAUGAGCCCCAACCUUAUAUCCUUAUCUUUGGAAGACUAUGUUACUCUUAAAACUUAUGGGAGUACCAUUCCGAUAAAUAUCCACCAGCAGAAAUUGUAG